GGUCACACAUGCGCAUAAUAGAAAGGAGCCAUAUUGAAUUUGGCUGCACGAAGUUGUUGUGUCAUUGUGCCGGUUGUUGUGUUUUGAUCAGCUUUUACAGCCAAAAUGCCAGAGACGGAGGUAGCACCACCACCAACGACAGUCGCCGCUUCUGUGCCACCUAUACAAAAUGUUAAAAUAGGAAAAGUUGUUGUACAUCCACUUGUUCUUUUGAGUGUCGUUGAUCACUUCAACAGAAUGGGGAAAGUGGGGAACGUGAAACGUGUGGUUGGUGUUCUCCUCGGCAGCAAACGGGGAGACUGCUUGGACAUAUCUAACAGUUUUGCAGUGCCAUUUGAUGAAGAUGACAGAGAUAAAAAUGUGUGGUUUUUGGAUCAUGAUUACUUGGAACAAAUGUCUACAAUGUUUAAAAAAGUUAAUGCCAAAGAAAAGAUAGUUGGCUGGUAUCACACAGGACCUAAACUUCACCAGAAUGACGUCAUUAUAAAUGAACUCAUCAGGAGAUACUGCCCAAAUAGUGUGCUAGUAAUUAUAGAUGCCAAACCUAAAGAUUUAGGUCUGCCAACUGAGGCGUAUAUUGCUGUAGAAGAGGUGCAUGAUGAUGGUACUCCCACCACUAAAACAUUUGAACAUGUACCCAGUGAGAUAGGAGCUGAGGAAGCAGAGGAGGUCGGUGUGGAGCAUUUACUAAGGGAUAUUAAGGACACCACAGUGGGCAGUCUGUCCCAGCGGAUCACCAACCAGCUGAUGGGUCUGAAGGGACUGCUGUCACAGCUCCAGGACAUACAGAACUACAUCGAGAAGGUGAACCAGGGCCAACUGCCCAUCAACCACCAGAUAGUGUACAUGCUGCAGGACAUCUUCAAUCUCCUCCCAGAUGUCACGCUACAGGACUUUGUGAAGUCCAUGUACGUUAAGACUAAUGACCAGAUGCUGGUGCUCUACCUCUCCUCUAUGAUACGCUCCAUUAUAGCUUUACAUAAUUUGAUAAAUAACAAGCUGCAGAACAGGGACGCGGAGAAGAACGAGGGCAAGGACAGCAAGGAUGAGAAGAAGGAUAAGGAAAAGAAAGAGGGGGAGGGGAAGGAUGCAGAUAAAAAGGACAAAAGUAAGAAGGAGGAGAAGAAAACGGAUUCAAAAGUAACAGAGAAAGGGGCCAAAAAAUAAAGACGGGACUCGUUUGAUCUGUAAUUACAAAUCUCAUAAUUCCUCGGUUAGAACAUUUUCAGCCAAUCACAUUGUAAUAGGUACUGGUGUUGUUAAAUAUUUAAAUAUUGUGAAUUUCACUGUUAGAAAAGGCUUACAAAAUUCAGCCCAGUUUGUCUGUUGGUCAGUCUGUUUGAGGUAAAAGACCUUUUUUCAUGAAGUGCAAACCAUGCUAAGCCACCUUUAUUAUGUAUUUAGAUGUCAUGUUCUUAAGCAGGAAGACUGUCACAAGGCUAAGAGAUGUAUAAAAUGUGAAUAUUAUCCAACAUAAUUAAAUUCUUU